UUAAAUUCUAAACUCACAAACACUCGCUUAUAUAUAUUUAUAUAUAAUAUAUAUAUAUAUUUGUGCCUGCGUUGUGAGAUAUCGCGCUCAGCUUUAGACAUCGGCAGAUGGCUACUUUGAUUCUGGAGAUUUUUGCGCUGAGCUUCCUCGUCGGGAUUGUCCUGGGAACUUUUUGGACGGCCUUCUUGAUUUGCAAGCAUAAGAGUGAGGGCACUCGACUCCGAAUGCCUCGAGAAGAGGGCGAGCCGCCACGCAGGGCACCAAGGGCACCCGAGCCCAGAGUGCUGGGCCGUUGGAUCUCCGAGAUGAUCUCCUCCGUGGACGGCGACUUGUUGGACUCCGAGGAGCUGUGCGCGAUCUGCUUGGACGAGUUGCGCGAGGAGAGCAGCGGCAGCACCUGCAAGAUCGUGGAGGUGAAACAACUGCAUUGCCAGCAUCGCUUUCACGCAGACUGUCUUAUCAAAUGGUGGUCGCUUGACCCUCGCCCGGACGCAGUGACCUGCCCCACUUGCCGUCAUGCGCACAAACUCGAUGCGGCCGGGCAACCGGUGUUUGAAGAUGAUGUCGAGUUGGUUUAUAGUUGAGGCUCUCACAGGACAACAAGAGCAUGUAAGUUGUCUUGAUGCGACUUCCAUCCAAG